AGUCUGGGUCAUUACAGCAUCAGCUCACCAAUGCAAAGUAAGCAUGACUGCUAUCUUCCUGAUGUCCAUGAUUUUUGGCCUUGCAUGUGGACAAGCAAUGUCUUUUUGUAUUCCAACUGAGUAUACUAUGCAUGUUGAAAGGAAAGAAUGUGCUUACUGCCUAACCAUCAACACCACCAUCUGUGCUGGAUAUUGUAUGACACGGGAUGUCAACGGCAAGCUGUUUCUUCCCAAAUAUGCCCUGUCUCAGGAUGUCUGUACAUACAGAGACUUCAUGUACAAGACUGCAGAAAUACCAGGAUGCCCACGCCAUGUUACUCCUUAUUUCUCCUACCCUGUAGCUAUAAGCUGUAAGUGUGGCAAGUGUAAUACUGACUAUAGUGAUUGUAUACAUGAGGCCAUCAAAACAAACUACUGUACCAAACCUCAGAAGUCCUAUGUGGUGGGAUUUUCUAUCUAAUUUUAAUAGUAAUGUAAUUUGCAAUUUGGUUAAAUGUAUUUACCUGGAAUAAAACUAAUAAAAUAUUGACAUAUUUCACAACA